AUGAUCAGUGCAAUAAUUCAAUAUUUUAUUUCUAUCUCCAUUCCAAGUUUUGUAAUUAUAGUUUGUGUAAGUUGACCAUUUCGCACAGAUUCCUCCAGAUCUCAAAAAUUUCAGAACAAAUCUUCUCAAAAAAGUUCUUCGAAUGAGAAGAAAAAGCGAAAAUCGAAGAAAAGAAAACAUCGGAAAAGUGGAUAUUUACAAAGAGAUCCGGAGAUGGGUUCUGGUGAGUUCAGCAAAAAAAUAUUUUCUAUUGAAAAAAUCACUAUUUAGCUUCUCAACCGCAAAGUGAUGAUAAUAUGAAAACAGCAUUGCCGGAAGUAAUCGAGGAAAAUGGCAAAACUGAAAAAUCCACAAAAUCAAGAAAGAACAGGAAAAUCGAGUCGAAGGCUGAAAAUGGAAAAGAGACAAAACAUGAGAGUAGAUCGCCGUCGGCAUUUGAUGAUAAAUCGGAUUUCAAAGAUGUUCAGCAGCCUGAAAUAGUUCUAGAUGAUUGGAAUAAACAUCCGCCGGUGAAAAAUAAUUCAGAGACUGAAAUUGAAUCAAGUGAAGUGUCGGAAUCUAAAUUGAAAGACAAAACCGCGAAAAAAAGGUAUUUUUUUUUGAAGAAUGUUCGGAAUGAUUUCUUUUCUUCAGAAAACUCAAAGUGGAGCGGAGUGAUGAGAAAAAAAGAGUCCCGAAAUGA